AUGCACGGCCAGCAGAACGCCCAACCCUCCGAGACAGUCCAGGUCAUCACCAAUGGACAACCCGGCAACAACGGAGAAGCCGGAGACGGCACGGCAGACUCUCAAGCUGGCCAAGGAGCGUCCGAAAAAGAAGGGGAGUGGAUCACGGCCAUGAGCAAGGCGGCAAGGAAGAAGAAGAAAGCAGCGGACAAGAGGAAGAAGCUGGCCGACCUCGGACGCGGCACACCUCCGACCCAAGGAGAGGAAGGACAGCUCAAGACGCUGUCCACGACUCUGAUGAUAACGCCAACGGCCACGUCCGAGACGGACCGUCAGGUUAGCGGCAAACGUAAGAGACGACGCGCCACGACAGAGGACCUAGCCGAUGACGGAGGAGAAGGAUCUCUCCCCCAGCCAGUGACUCGAGUCCAAGAGGCACCAGGAGCGCUCCACAUAAACGCUAUCCCUCCUCCCCGACAGCCAGAGAUCGCGGUAAACGAACACAACCACGGCCAACGUAGCGAGAGUCAAAGAAACCUCGACGCCAUGCACGCCGCGAUCGCAGAGGCUAACCGCCCCUCCUUCUGCCACCCCAGCUCGGAAUGGGACACGACAAAGCCUGGCGAAGAGUGGAACCAGCACUCGUUCCGCGAAUUCCGCUUCUGGCAACCCUCCAGCCGUAACACCCAGCAAAGCCAAGGCGGAAAGCUCAUCGACCCGUACAUGAGUGACGAGAGCUUCGAUGCCCCAUCCAUAGACGACCUCAUCCGCAGCGUCAAACCACUCCCGGCCAUCCCUACCACGAAGGAACCGAACCGAGACGCUACCCCCUCUCCCACUCCGAGACGCCGCGCAGCUCGCAUGACGACCGGGUCACGUCAAGGGGUCCCCAAAACCCCGAAUAAGGCGAAGGAAGCCGCGACGCCUAUGAAAUGGCUAACAAAGGAAAGCGGACGUACAAGCCGUGCACCAGAGGAGUUCCUGAACGGUCUCCAGGGACGGUUAGGGAUGGCGAACCCUCAGAAGUCAUUGACUCCCCAGAUCACGACGCGUAUCCUUGACACCAAGACCCAACCGGGAACAGCCAUCCCACGAAGAAGUCGCCGUGACGAACCAAAGGUUGAAGUAACGAACAUCACCAAGGAGAGCGAACGACAGACGAACUCACGAGCAUCAUCGGUACUGUCAUACGUCACGAAUCAUCCCUCCCGCGAACAACAACCCCGAGAAGACGACGACGACGCGAUGAGCAUCGACGACGAAGGAGACGAGCUGAACGCGCCCCAUGUCAACCAAGCCAACCUACUAUACAACCUUAGCAGCCAACGGUUCCAGCGACCGACAAGCGCGGCAAGCGGUUCAUACGCCUCCAGCGAAGAACAGGAGGACGAGGACGAUGAAGACUUCGGUCAACUUCCACACGACGUCAGUUGGGAAGAAGAGGACUUCACCCCCAAACCGCCGGGUAACUGGCGAAGGAUCCAAGGCAACACGCACCUCGACAAAUACGCAGGGCAGCGCCCACAGCAGGCGAACCAGUGGAUGGCCAACGAAGGUCACUGCCUCCUCGUCCAAUACGCCGAGCAUGGAGCGCUGGACAAGGAUCCCGAACACUGGCUGCGCUUCCUCCUACUCGAAGAUCUGCUCAAGGUCAGGUACGGAGUCCCAGAACCAGACAUACUCGCACCACAGCCACUGGACAACGCAGAACCCGGGAUAAACGUCGCACCAUACAACUUCCUCGUACGUAACCUCACCCGCGCGCAGAAAGAACGUAUGAUACGAGACGGAUGGGCGUCGACGAAGUACCUAACCGUAUACUUCAACGUCGUCGAACCGGUCGCCCCCGAAUAUAUGGGCACGUUCGGACGCCCAGAAGCCUUCCUCACGACGAAAGCCUCCAUCGCACGCGCGAUCUUCUGUAACGGAUUCCAGAAGAACCCCUUGUACUCGGCCACUAUCAAUAUCAUCCGCAGAGACAAGAAGAGCGGGCCAACGGGCAAGUGGGGCAAUACCCCUACCCGCGACGCCUUCAAGAGAAUACUCGACUCGAUACACGUACACGUCAUGCGAAGGAAGCUACCCGGAUCGACCAACAAGAAGGCGUCGAGCCCACUCUACGUCCUCUACUGCGAAUCACCCACGACCAACGCAGAAGACUGGGCAACCUUCAAAGAAACGGUUAGAAACCAACCGUUUAACCGCGAUGGAGGAUGUACCGCAACCCUAUGCGAGGAGCUAUUCCUAUGUAAGCUCUGUCACUCCGCCGACCACAACAUCGGCAUGUGCGACCUCCCCAAGACGCCAGGCUGGAACGGGCCCCACUCCGAGAAGGAGGAGGAGGAACGAAGGCAGGCCCAAGCGCAACGUGGAACCUCGAGUCGAGGAAGAUCCAACAGUCGCGGAGGCAUGAUAACGGCUGGACGCGGACGAGGAUACGGGUAUGGACAGAGUCAGCAGGACUUCCAGAGAGGCAGAGGCCGAGGACAGAGCAACAACGCGAGAGGGUGGCACAGCGGCUCCCGGUAA